AUGUCAUGGAUAAGAACGGCGGUUAGUAGAGCGGUGGAAGCAGGCGGGAAGAAUGCCCUGAGGCGCACCGUAUUGAGUGUUGCCGGUUCCGUCGUCUUCGGUGGAGCCAGGAUGAUCCAUAAACGCGUUGCGGCGAAGAAAAUGCAGAGUCUUCGAAUAACGGUAAAGAGACUUGAAGAAGUUUCGGUAUCAUGUAAAGGAGUUGAAAGGGCUCAACUUCUAAGACGAUGCUGCGGCACUACUGCUAAAGAUAAUAUCAUUAGCAGUGCUAAUGAUAAUGACGACACUGUGGAUAAGUUUUCUUUCGAAGAGAUCAAGGAUUCAACCCCAAAGCCAACUUUGGUGUAUUACUAUGACCCUGAGAUUGGAGAACCAAUGAAUUUUCGGGAGGUUUUUCUGUAUAGUCAAGCUCUCGAAGGGAUGGCAUUGUCAAUGAUUCAUGAUGCACCAAAUGAGGAAGAGGUUUCGCUAUUUAUGGAAAUACUUAGGAUCUGUAUUGCAGGAGGGAAGGAAGUUCAUGAGACAGUAAUGAGCAACAUAAUGAACUUAGCAGUGGCAUUCUCAAACUAUCAGGAGGAAGUAUUGAUAAAACGAGAAGAAUUGCUCCAAUAUGCUCAAGCUGCAAUUAAAGGGCUCAAAAUAAAUGUUGGUCUUGCAAGAAUAGAUGCCGAGGCCUGCAGUCUAAAGGAAAAACUUGGGGAAAUGAUGGCACUCCUGAACUCUUCAAGUGAAGGUCAUGGAGAACUUUCUGAAAAACAAACUGCUGCAAAGAUAGAGGCUCUUAAGGAAGCUCUUGGCUUUAUCGGGCUAUAUUCCAGAUUGGAGGCACUAUUACUCAAGAAAAAAUCUUUAACCAAUGGGGAUACUCCAGAACUUCAUGCUGAAAAGGUCGAUAAAUUAAAAGUUUUAUCAGAAUCUCUCGUUAACUCAACAUCAAAGGCUGGAAGGCGCAUUUCAGAGCAAAGGGUUCAGAAAGAAGAAGCAAUUAGCUUUCGUCUUGCUAAAGCCAACGAAGUCAGCCAACAAGAGAAGGAACUGGAAGCUGGGAUUCUAGAUCUUGAGAAGCACAAAACUGAACUUGAAGCUGAACUUAGAAAGGUCAAUGCAUCACUUGUCUGUGCUCGUAUACGCCUUCGCAAUGCCAGGGAAGAGCGAGAGCAAUUUGAUGUUGCCAGUAACCAGAUUCUAUCACAACUAGCAUCAAAGGAAGAGGAAAUAUCGAAAUCGAUUGCUUCAUGCCAAGUAGAAGCAGACGUUGUUAAUGUGUGGAUUCAUUUUCUGGAAGAUACAUGGAAUCUUCAAACCACCUACCUUAAGCAAAAGGAGAAGCAGGUCAUUGGUGAACUAGAGAGAUAUGGAGAAUAUUUUGUGAAUCUGGUCACUCACCUUCUAACUGCUUACAAGGAACAACUCAGACCUUCCCUGACAAGAAUUGGGCAACUGGUGGAGACCUUGGCCUCAACUGAAAGGUCAGGAGAAACAGCUAAUCUUAACCAAAGAAGAAGUCUUGAAGAAGAAUAUUUGAGCCUUGAAUCCAAAGUAUGUAUCAAUCUCAUCCAGAACAUAUAUAUAUAUAUAUAUAUAUAUAUGAGUUAG